AGACGUUCUAUUACGUCAAACGAGCUUCUGCUCGAUCUCAGUAGUGUUAGAAGGAACGCUCGUUUAGAGCCUCUUAAUGUCGCAGUAACGGUGCUUUUCCUUUGGACUCAAAAAAGCUAAUCAUGUUGCACAGAGAUGCUGCAGCAGGUGGAACUUCUUCUUCUCUGAGGGAAAAUGACGUAUUCAUAAGCUUCAGAGGAGUGGAUACACGCAGCAACUUCACCAGCCAUCUUUAUGCCGCUCUGUGUCGGAGCAAGAUCAUAACCUACAUUGAUUUCACACUUGGGAAGGGUGACCAGAUCUCUGAAGCACUCACGAAGGCAAUCGAAAAUUCGUAUGUCUCGCUGGUGAUAUUCUCGGAAAACUACGCAUCGUCGUCGUGGUGCUUAGAUGAGCUCACCCACAUAAUGAAGCAGCGCACAAAGUGGGGCCAGAUUGUGAUACCUGUGUUCUACAACGUAGACCCGUCGCAUGUAAGGAAGCAGUCUGGGAGUUAUAUGAUUGCGAUUGAGGAGCAUGCGCGUGAUCCCAAGCACAGCAUGGAGAAGGUGAACCAGUGGCGACUUGCUCUGACUCAAGCAGCCACUUUGGCUGGAUGGGACUCUCGUCAAUAUAUGCUGGAAUCUGAACUCGUGGACGACAUUGUACAAGAUGUUUCGGGAAAACUGCAAAAUAAACAUCCAAGCAAAUCUACUGGCCUCGUCGGAAUUGAAAAAAAUUAUGCAUGUAUUGAAUCAUUGCUGAGAACUGAGUCAAGAGAAGUUCGAGUGAUAGGAAUUUGGGGUAUGGGUGGCAUCGGUAAGACAACCGUUGCUACAGCUAUAUUUGCCAAUUGCUCCUCUCAAUUCGAAGGAUGCUGUUUCUUGGAAAAUGUUGGAGAUGACUCAGACAAGCAUGGAUUGACUUAUCUACACAAUAAACUUGUGUCUGCUUUACUAGAAGGAGAAAAUUUUUGUAAGAGCAGGCUUGGUAAAAAAAAAGUUCUUCUUGUGCUAGAUGAUCUAAGAACUCUAGAGCAGCUAGAUUAUCUAGUUGGAGAACUAACUAGCUUGGGACCUGGUAGUAGAGUGGUUAUUACAACUAGAGAUAAGCAAGUGCUUAGGGGAGCGAAUGAAAUAUGUGAGGUGAAACCAUUGAACUUCGAUGAAUCUCUUCAGCUUUUCAGUUUAAAUGCAUUCAACAAAGACCACCCAGAUAUUGGUUUUGAACAGCUAUCAGAAAGAGUGGUUAUUUAUGCAGAUGGCAUUCCAUUAGCUUUAAAAGUUCUAGGUUUGUUUUUUCGCUCCAAAAGUGAAGAAAUAUGGGAAAGUGCACUGACAAAACUCAAGAAAAUUCCCAAUACAGAAAUUCAGAAUUUAUUGAGACUGAGUUAUGAUAGCUUAGAUGAUACAGAGAAAGACAUAUUUUUGGACAUUGCUUGCUUUUUGAAAGGAGAGGAUAGAAAAUAUGUGACAAGCCUACUAGAUGCCUGUGACUUCUAUGCCGGAGUUGGAAUAGAAACCCUUUUGGAAAAAGCUCUCGUUACUAUUUCAAAUAACAAUGAAUUGCAAAUGCAUGCAUUGAUACAGGAAAUGGGCUGGGAAAUUGUUCGUCAAGAAUCUAUUAAAAACCCAGAGAGACGCAGUCGGUUGUGUCAUCAUGAGGAAGUCUAUGAUGUGUUAACAAAUAACACUGGCACUAAUUCAAUUGAAGGUAUAAGCAUUGAUGUCUCACGAACUAGAGGUAUGAACUUGAGCUCUGACGUUUUCCGACAAAUGAAUAAACUAAGAUUUCUCAAGUUCUACUCUCGUUUGGGGGAGAGAUGUAAUGUUUACCUUCCCACUGGUCUUGAGUCAUUGUCUAAUAGAUUACGGUACCUCCAUUGGAGUGGAUAUCCUUUGGAGUCACUACCAUCAGCCUUUUGUCCUGAGAAACUGGUUGAGAUUUCCAUGCCAAACAGUCGGGUUGAAAAACUAUGGAAUGGAGUCCAGAAUGUUGAGAAUUUACUGAAAAUUGACCUUAGUGGCUCUGAACAUUUGAUUGAGCUUCCAGAUUUCUCUAUGGCAUCAAAUCUUCAAAAUGUAAACUUAUCUGGGUGUGUAAGGCUGCCUCAUGUUCACCCAUCAAUUUUAUCUCUCAGAAGGCUUGUCAAUUUAAACAUGGUUAGGUGCAAAAAGCUUAAAAGACUUCUAAGCAAUGACCCAUUAAGAUCUCUCAGAAUUCUUGAGCUUUAUGGCUGCUCAAGUCUAAAGGAAUUUUCAGUGACAUCUGAAGAAAUGACAUAUUUGGAUUUAAGAAGUACUGCUAUUAAUGAAUUGCCAUCAUCAAUUAAGCAUCUUGGUAAUCUUAUAAACUUGGAGCUAAGUUGCUGUGGAUGUCUUAGGAGUCUUCCAAAUGAGUUCGCGAGUCUGAGAUCUCUUGGCCGCUUGGUACUUUCUGAUUGCAGACAGCUUGACACAUCAAAUCUGCAUUUUCUGUUUGAUGGCCUACGUUCUUUAGGAUACUUGUGUCUUGAUAAUUGUUGUAACUUAACUGAACUCCCUGAUAACAUCUCUCUGUUAUCAUCAUUGUAUUAUUUAUCACUUAGUGGAAGCAAUGUGGGGAACUUGCCUACUAGUGUCAAGCUACUUUCCCACCUAGAAUCUCUUGACUUGUGCAAAUGCAGGAGGCUUCAGUCUCUACCAGAGCUCCCAGAAUCCAUUGAAGUGUUGGAUGCCACCAAUUGUCCAUGCUUGGAGAUAGUGUUUGCCUCUCCUGUUAUUGAUGAACUACUGCAAGAGCACAAGUUGUUCAUUUCCUUCAAAAAUUGUGUUAAAUUGAAUGAACAUUCCCUCAAUGUUAUCAUGACAGAUGCUCAUGUCAGAAUAAAGGAGGUAGCAUAUGUUCAUGUAUCAGCAAAAAUAGAGAGGAGUGAACCCUGUUACUAUUUCAAAUCAGAGUUUAUGUCUUCUUAUCAUCAUCCACCAACUGUUAUUUUCCCAGGAAGUAGAGUUCCAGACUGGUUCAAUUAUCGGUCAACAAAGGCAUCGAUAACCGUUGAACUUUUGCAUUCUCCUCAGUGCAACUUAUGUGGUUUCAUUUUCUGCCUCAUUCUUCCUCCAUCCUCCUCAAAUGAAAAUAAUUGCAAUUGGAAGAUUGGAUGUGAAUGCUACUUGGAAAGUGAUGAAAGGAUCAUCAACACAAGUAUGUGCUCUUUUGCAACAGGAUUGGUAUCAGAUCACGUGUACUUGUGGUAUGAUGAAAAUUUUUGUCUUGAGAUGAAUACAAUUGUGGAAAGCAGAACCAAUGAUCAGUACACUGCUUAUAACUUACAGCUUUCAUUUAAAUUCUUCGUUGAAACUGAGGAUAAGAUGAAUAUGAUGAUUAAAGAGUGUGGGAUCUGCCAAAUAUAUGGUUCAGAAUAUCUCAAUUUCGUUGAACAAUUGGGAUUUGAAUCGGAGUUGGGAGAUAACAUGAAGAGAAGCAGGGAUAUUUAUGAGUUGGAAUCAAGUGGAAGAAAAACUGAAGUUGAUGGCCUUGUUGAGCAUGAAGAUGAACAAGAAGAUUCAUUUCAUCAAUCAAAGAAACAGAAGGUAUUAUCUUCUAACUCAUUUAAACAAAAACCUAGAAGGAAAAAAAAUCUAUGAAUAAUCUUUCAAUGAUUAGUUUUUUGCUAUCCGCUAGAAAUGAUAAACGUAACUCACAAAAUUAAAGGAAGAGGAACACACAUUUCUGAAUAAAACCGCAACAAACUUUCUAAAUUAUAGCCACUAACAUUAACUGCAAAUGAGUAACUGAAAAAUAAAGAAACAGUUCUAAAAACUUGCUUGAACAACUAGCAAAAAAAAUAAAAUGAUAAGGCAACUGCUAAUACAUACGUUCAAUAGUAUCAAACUAUUUGAAUCUUUCUUCAUAUUACUUGAAUAAACUCUCUUAGUUUCUAGUAGUUUUCUUAGAAUUUGACUUGGAUACUUAUAGCUGGUCUAAUAAGGAUUCAUGCUGGCAAUUUGUGUUCAAGUCUGAAAUAUUAUUGAGAAAAUUUUCAAUCAGUUAAUAAAAAGGUUGUCUUCCUUGGUAAAAAUAAAUGAUGCCCGAUUUAUAUAAUUUUGUGUUUCUAAAAGUUUGCUCCAAAGCUGCUUGUGAUUUCCUUUAUCAGGGGGACUAACAUGAUUAUGUGGGGCCUUAUAUUGAUCAAAAUUCAAUGUGUUGGAAAAAAAUUCAUGUUAAAAUAAAUAAAUUGAACAUGAUCUUAAGAAUAAAUGGAAGAAUGUUUUCAUAGAUUUGAUAGUAUGCAUUCUACAUUGUUAUGCUAAAUGUAUAGUAAAUGGGUCCUUU